CGAUCAGCUUUCCACAGUCUCCUAAUGACAGGGAACAGCAGACAACGGGCACGAUGUACUUUUUAAAAAGCUGCGUAUGUAUUUUAAAGGGGAGAUUUUGAGGAAAUCUCAAUGUUGUAACAGUGGGUUUUGUGGUAUAUCCUUGCUUGUUUUUGCUUUUGAAGAAAGUUUGUUUUUGAGUCUGUCAAUAUCCAGGAGGUUGAAAAUUUGGAAACUACUAAUGUACAGAGUACAUGGAAGCUGGCAUAUGCUGUAACCAUGACCACUGAAGUAGGCUCCACAUCUGAGGUGAAGAAGGAAUCUGAGCCAUUAGGAGCAGAUGCCACCAAGGAAAAACCUAAAGAAGUAGCAGAAAAUCAGCAGAAUCAGUCCUCUGAUCCAGAGGAGGAAAAACGUUCCCAGUCUUCUCCUAUAGCUGAAAGCCAAAGUAGUCCACGCCGCCAGAAGAAAGAGAGGGAUCCGUCUGAGAGCAGGGGCAUUUCUCGAUUCAUACCCCCAUGGCUUAAGAAACAGAAGUCCUAUACCUUAGUAGCGGCUAAAGACGGAGGAGAUAAAAAAGAGCCUGCCCAAGCUGCCGUGGAGGAGGUUUUAGACCAAGAGGAAUCGCUUCCUGAAGGAGAAAGGCAGGCCAAGAGCGAUGUUGAAGAGACCUCUCAGAGAAAGCAGCAGGAGGUGAAAGUUGAUGUCAAGGAAGAGAAGCCCUCUGUGAGCCGUGCUGAGGCACAGCCUGCUGAAGAGGUAAGGAAGGAGAGAGAGGAGAAGGUAAAGGAAAUGCAGGAAGACAAGUCAGAAGAAGCAGCAAAGAGGGAGACCAAGGAAGUGCAGACCAAUGAGCUAAAAGCAGAGAAGGCCUCCCAGAAAGCCAGCAAGAAGACCAAAACAGUCCAGUGCAAAGUGAUCCUCCUGGACGGCACCGAGUACAGCUGUGACCUGGAGAAACGUGCUAAGGGACAAGUGUUAUUUGACAAAGUGUGUGAACAUCUCAAUCUUCUGGAGAAGGACUACUUUGGACUUCUAUUUCAGGAAAGCCCUGAGCAAAAAAACUGGCUAGAUCCUGCAAAAGAAAUAAAGAGACAACUGCGAAAUCUUCCUUGGCUGUUCACCUUUAAUGUGAAGUUUUAUCCUCCUGAUCCUUCUCAGUUGACUGAAGAUCUCACCAGAUACUUCUUGUGCCUUCAGCUUCGGCAGGACAUUGCCUCCGGCCGCCUGCCUUGCUCGUUCGUGACGCACGCCCUCCUGGGAUCUUACACACUGCAGGCUGAACUUGGGGACUAUGAUCCGGAAGAACAUGGCAGUAGUGACCUCAGCGACUUCCAGUUUGCCCCCACACAGACGAAGGAGCUGGAAGAGAAGGUGGCAGAGCUGCAUAAAACCCACAGGGGCUUAUCUCCAGCACAAGCUGAUUCUCAGUUCUUAGAAAAUGCAAAGAGGCUCUCCAUGUAUGGUGUUGACCUACAUCAUGCCAAGGACUCGGAAGGCGUGGACAUCAAGCUGGGUGUGUGCGCUAACGGGCUCCUCAUUUACAAAGACAGACUGAGAAUCAAUCGUUUUGCUUGGCCGAAAAUCUUGAAAAUUUCCUAUAAGCGCAGUAACUUCUACAUUAAAGUUAGGCCGGCAGAGCUCGAACAAUUUGAGAGUACCAUUGGAUUCAAACUGCCAAACCAUCGGGCAGCAAAAAGACUAUGGAAAGUGUGCGUGGAACAUCAUACCUUUUACAGGCUUGUGUCUCCAGAGCAGCCACCAAAGGCCAAGUUCCUGACCUUGGGGUCCAAAUUCCGCUACAGCGGCCGUACCCAAGCCCAGACCCGUCAGGCAAGCACCCUCAUUGAUAGGCCAGCGCCACACUUUGAGCGUACCUCUAGCAAACGUGUCUCCAGGAGUCUAGAUGGAGCUCCAGUUGGUGUUGUGGAUCAAAGUCUUACGAAGGAUUUUCCUGGACCUGCUGGGGAGGUUUCAGCAUACGGCCCCAGAGUUGUCAGCACUGCUGUGGUACAAGAUGGGGAUGGCAGGAGGGACCUCAGAAGCCCGACUAAAGCCCCACAUGUGCAAUUCAUUGAAGGAAAGAAAAAUUCCCUGAGAGUAGAAGGGGAUAAUAUUUAUGUCAGACAUAGCAAUUUAAUGUUGGAGGACCUCGAUAAGGCCCAGGAGGACAUACUGAGACAUCAGGCUAGCAUUAGUGAACUCAAGCGCAAUUUUAUGGAAUCCACACCUGAGCCGCGCCCUAAUGAAUGGGAAAAACGACGUAUCACACCUCUGUCCCUACAGACACAAGGGAGAAAAGGAGACCAUCUUUUCAAGGAUAUUUUAUCCGUGAAGGAGAAGCAUCAGAUGGCAGCCACACGGACAGUUGAAGAAAAAGUCCAGGAGGCAGACAAGAAACGCGCUCCCGAGUCAGAAGGGCCUUGCAGUGGAGCCUGUGAUGCUGUUGAGAGUUCACAUGAGACUCUGAAUGUAGUGGAGGAGAAGAAGCAGGCAGAGGUUGGGAAAGACGAAAGAGUAAUCACGGAAGAAAUGAACGGUAAAGAGCUAUCACCUGGGAGUGGUCCUGGGGAGAUGCGUAAGGUGGAGCCCCUGACCCAGAAAGACUCCACCUCCCUGUCUUCUGAGAGCAGCAGCAGCAGUGAGAGCGAGGACGAAGACGUGGGCGAGUACCGGCCCCACCACCGUGUGACUGAGGGCACCAUAAGGGAAGAACAGGAGGAGGAGGAGGAGGAAGAAGAGGUGGAGAAAGAAGCCGGCCGAGCAGCCAAGGUAGUAGAGAGGGAGGAAGCGGUACCAGAAGCCAGCCCAGUCAGACAAGCAGGUGCCAGUGUAAGCACAGUAGAAACAGUGACCCAGGAAAAUGUAGUUGCCCCAAAGAUACCUGCAGAGAAGAGUGUAAAUGAAGGCGCCCUUAAGCAAGACAUGUGCGAAGAAACAGAGGACGAGCAACAUAAAGUUAACGGAGAGGUGUCUCAUGUUGACAUUGAUGUUUUGCCACAAAUUAUUUGUUGUUCAGAGCCACCAGUGGUAAAAACAGAGAUGGUAACAAUUUCUGAUGCCUCACAAAGGACAGAAAUCUCCACCAAGGAAGUCCCUAUUGUCCAAACUGAGACCAAAACCAUCACAUAUGAAUCUCCACAGAUUGACGGCGGGGCCGGUGGUGACUUGGGGACAUUACUGACGGCACAAACCAUCACAUCUGAGUCCGUGUCGACAACGACAACAACACAUAUCACCAAGACUGUGAAAGGUGGAAUAUCUGAAACAAGAAUUGAGAAACGCAUCGUGAUCACGGGAGACGCAGACAUCGAUCAUGACCAGGCGCUGGCCCAGGCCAUCCGGGAAGCCCGAGAGCAGCACCCGGACAUGUCGGUCACAAGAGUGGUGGUGCACAAGGAAACGGAGUUGGAGGAAGGGGAAGAGUAAGGAAGAAAUUCCAUUUUUUAAACAACACUCAACUUUGUGAACCUGAAGAAUUUUGAUCAUUCCAAGUCCUAAUGCCACACCACUACUCCAGCGAAUUUAUACUACGACUGGUAACAAUGACCAGAAGCCUGAAGAAUUAAAAUGCCAACAACCAAACCUUACCUUAACAGCUCUGGUCUAUACUGUUCCCUCGCAUUUUAAUACAUUAUUUUGUUUCAUAACCACUUCUAAAUAUUCUUGAUUCUUUCUUCUUCUUCUUCUUUUUUUUUUAAUUAGGAAGUUUUGUUUUUAUUUCCUGUUUACUUUGUGUACAACUACCUGCAUUUUAUCACUCAUUUUGAUCAAAUGAUAGUGAACAAAGCCAGCCCCAUGCUGGUAAGGUGCUGUUCACUUGAACAGGUGCUGUUGUGCGGAAAGGAAACUCUGUGACUAAUUUCCAUAGUGGCUUUCCUGCCUUCCAGAUCCUUCCCACUGAAUCCUUACCAUAAAUAUUUACGGAGUUUUCAGAUUGCAGUAAAUAUACUGUAUGAGAAAAUAUUAAUACAGAUUUAAAGCAUUUCUACAUCCUGAAAAUUUUCUAAUGUUUGAGAAUUUCAUCGGGGCUGUUUUUUAUAUUGAACCCUUUUUGACUUUCCAGUCCUCUGACUUUCCCCUGAAAGUCAGAGAUGCUCCCGACUGGACAAUUAAAAAGAAGCUCACUGACCACGCACUGUGUUUCAAGACCCUGUCGUGCCACAGUGCCAACGCUUCUCAGACACAUGCUCUUCGGCAGCAUUCCAGAACCCGGAGGGAGGAAAAAGAGAAACUACCGUUUCUUCCCUUCUACUAAAAAUUCAGGCAGCUUAAAACCUUAGUGCUUUCUUUCUUAACAUGUCCAAAUUUCAAGACUUUCCAUUAUUUGACCCCUUUGUGUAGCACACUUGCUUUGUAUUAAACCUCCUUGUGUACUUGUAAAACUGACCUUUUGUUAUUGAGCAGGUGUAUCUCUUUCAGAUAUAGUUGGAUGAUUCACGAAAGUUUGAGGACACUGGGGAGUGGAGUAGGGGCUGCGGUGGUGUUUUUGGUGGUUGUAAGGAAGCGAAACCACUUACAGCCAACACCGGAGACCUGAUGGGGCCUAUUAACGGUAUUGAACAUGUUUUCCUUUGCUUUUGACCCUAUGUAUAGUUCUGAUGCCAGAUUAGAUUUAUAGCAGCUUCAAGUUGUAUUAAAUGAUAUUUUGCUUUCUGUAAUACUGUUAUAAAAUAAAGUUUGUUUAUUCUCUAAA